AGCCGCUUCUCAACCCUUUUGAGCCCAAGUAGACGAGGACAGGGAGGACAAUAGGACCCACUUGCACCUAUUGUGUGAACCGAGACCCCGACCUGUGCACCCUCCCGACCAAAGUGGCCCGCCGAGCGCUUUGGGGACCUCCGCAUCGGCCUUGUGCCCACACAUCUGCAGGCGGUGGCUUGAGCCUUGUGUGCAUUUACUCAGCUGACGCUUGGAGGGUCCACGUUGCCCAAGACUGGAGCGAGGGGUUCGCUGAGGCCGCCACACCGGCUCUGGUCGCCCCCCACUCUCAGCCUUCUCAGCCCUCUGCAUCCCAUGGCAGCGCCUGCACUGGCACUGGUGUCAUUUGAAGAUGUGGCUGUGACAUUCACUGGGGAAGAAUGGAGAUAUCUGGACCUGGCCCAGAGAACCCUGUACAAGGAAGUGAUGUUGGAGACCUGUGAGCUCUUAGUCUCACUCGCAGGGCAUCCUGUUCCAAAAGCAGAGCUGAUGUAUCUACUGGAGUGUGGACAGGGACCAUGGAUGAUGAAGAGAGGGCUCUUGCAACGCACCUGUACAGGUCGGAAAGCAAAACUUGAUACAAGAGAGCCCACCGAUUCUCAGCUGGCCCUCUCCAAGGAAUUCUCUUACCAAGAACAACUUAUACAGAGAUCCUCGAGAGAUUUCAGGUUGGGGCAAGUUAUGCAUGAGGAGAGACUAUUAGAAAUGCAAGAAGGGAACUUGAGGCCAGGAACAAACCUCUCCAAGAAGACAUGCUCUGGAAAGCUGAGCCAUAAACAUGAUAAUUUGAAGACAGGUGAUAACCUAUGUUUAAGAGUUUUACAGGAACAAGUCAUUGUGCAAGAUGUUAUCCAUGAACAGGACUCCAAAAAGCCUAGAAAAGGACAUGUGAUUAAAGCAAGGAACAAGUUCUAUAAAUGCAAAGAAUGUGGAAAAGGCUUUAGCAAGAAUUGGGCCCUUACUCAGCAUCAACAAAUUCAUACUGGCAUGAAGCCCUAUGAAUGUAAUGAAUGUGGGAAAGCCUUCAAACGCAGGUCUCAUCUCAUAGAGCACCAGCAUAUACACAGUCGAGAAAAGCCAUUUUUGUGCAAAGAAUGUGGGAAAGCGUUUUACUAUAGCUCUUCAUUUGCUCAACACAUGAGAAUUCACACUGGAAAAAAAUUAUACGAGUGCACUGAUUGUGGAAAGGCUUUUACUCAUCGCUCCACUUUUGUUCACCAUAAUAUGACUCACACUGGAGAAAAACCCUUUAUAUGCAAAGAAUGUGGAAAAGCCUUUUGUCUCAAUUCCUCCUUCACUCAACAUAUGAGGAUUCACACUGGGGAAAAGCCCUAUGAAUGCAGUGAAUGUGCAAGGGCAUUUGCUCAUCGCUCUACUUUCAUUAGGCAUAAGAGAACCCAUAAUGGAGAAAAACCCUUUGAGUGCAAAGAGUGUGGGAAGGCCUUUUGUGACAGUUCUUCCUUAAUUCGGCAUAUGAGGAUUCACACUGGUGAGAAGCCCUAUGAAUGCAAUGAAUGUGGAAAGGCCUUUACACAGCACUCUGCUUUUAUCCGACAUAAUAGGACCCACAGUGGAAUAAAACCUUUAAAGUGUAAAGAAUGUGAAAAAGCCUUUUAUUAUAGUUCUUCCUUCAUUCGACACAUGAGAAGUCACGCUGGAGAAAAGCCCUAUGUUUGCAAAGAAUGUGGAAAAGCCUUUACCCAACCUUCAAAUUUUGUUCGGCAUUAUAGAAUCCACACUGGAGAAAAACCCUUUGAGUGCAAAGAAUGUGGGAAGGCCUUUUGUGACAAUUUUGCCUUAACUCAGCACAUGAGAACACACACUGGUGAGAAACCUUUUGAAUGCAAUGAAUGUGGAAAGACCUUCAGACACAGUUCAUCCUUCACUCUUCAUCGCAAGAUUCAUAGUAGAGUUUAAAAGGUAUUGAAAGACCAGCUGGGUAUGGUAACACAUGGUUAUAAUCUCAGCACUCAGGAAGCUGAGGCAGGAGGAUCACUGCAA